GACAUAUUUUGGCAAUUUCCCAAUGGAAAAAAGCGAAAAAAAAACUCCUUUAAUAUUAUGACUGUUAAUGGCUUUCCUGAGAUUUGAAGACUGACAAAAAAAAAAAAAAAAAUUAUCACACAAAAACUCCAAUGGAGAGCAUUGGCAGCCAUUUCCACGGCUCUCCUUUCACCUUCACCACCACGAGAAACUCCUCUCUUCCCAGUCUCGUUCACUUCACUCGCAGACCUGCUCACCUUCCCCGCCGUUCACACCGUCUCAAAAUCUCACCUUCUCGCCUCACCUGCUGCUCCUCUGCUUCCUCCUCCACCAUUGAGGAACAGAGGAAGAAUCGAGAUGGGUCGGGGCCCAAAGUGAGGUUAAACGUGAGGCUUGACCGUCAAGUUAAGUUCGGUGAGCAUGUGGCUGUGUUUGGAUCAGCUAAAGAGAUCGGUUCCUGGAAGGAGAAGUCGCCACUUGCUUGGUCUGAGAAGGGAUGGGUUUGCGAGCUUGAGCUUAGCGGAGGUGAGGCUUUGGAGUUUAAGUUCGUCGUCGUCAAGAAAGACGGCUCACUCUCAUGGGAGUCUGGUGAUAAUCGUGUCCUUAAGCUUCCUAAGUCCGGGAGCUUCUCUGUUGUCUGCCACUGGGAUGCUACUGGAGAGACACUUGAUUUGCCUCUUGUUGAUGAUGAUGGUGGUGGGGAGGAGAGUGGUGAUAGCCACGACGUUGGUGGUGGUGAUAAUGGUGCGCAGCUUCGGAAGAGUACAUUGGGGGGGCAGUGGCAAGGGAAAGAUGCUUCCUUUAUGCGUUCUAAUGAGCAUGGAAACAGAGAAGUUGGGAGGAAUUGGGAUGCUAGUGGUCUUAAAGGCUCAGCUCUUAAGAUGGUGGAAGGUGAUCGCAGCUCUAGGAACUGGCGGAAGAAGCUUGAGUUGGUAAGUGAGGUCAUAGUUGGGAGUGUUGAGAGGGAGGAACGGUUGAAGGCGCUCAUUUACUCUGCAGUUUAUUUGAAGUGGAUAAACACAGGUCAGAUUCCUUGCUUUGAAGACGGAGGGCAUCACCGUCCAAACCAUCAUGCUGAGAUUUCCAGGCUUAUAUUUCGUGAGUUGGAGAACAUUUGCAGCAAGAAAGAUGCUACUGCAGAGGAAGUGCUUGUCGCUAGAAAAAUCCAUCCGUGUUUGCCUUCUUUCAAAGCAGAGUUUACUGCAUCUGUCCCUCUAACUAGAAUUAGGGACAUCGCCCAUCGCAAUGACAUUCCUCAUGAUCUCAAGCAAGAGAUCAAGCAUACCAUACAAAACAAGCUUCACCGGAAUGCGGGUCCAGAAGAUCUAAUUGCAACAGAAGCAAUGCUUGAGAGAAUCACUGAGACCCCAGGAAAAUACAGUGGAGACUUUGUGGAGCAGUUCAGAAUAUUCCAUAAUGAGCUUAAGGAUUUCUUUAAUGCUGGAAGCCUCACUGAACAACUUGAAUCUAUGAAAAUUUCUAUGGAUGAGAGAGGUCUUUCUGCUCUCAAGUUGUUUUUUGAGUGUAAAGAGAGCCUUGACGCAUCUGGAGAAUCAAGCAGCGUUUUGGAGUUGAUUAAAACUAUGCGUUCUCUGGCUUCUCUAAGAGAAUCAAUCAUUAAGGAACUUAAUAGCGGCUUGCGAAAUGAUGCUCCUGAUGCUGCCAUUGCAAUGCGCCAGAAGUGGCGUCUUUGUGAGAUUGGGCUUGAGGACUACUUUUUUGUACUACUAAGCAGAUUCCUCAAUGCUCUUGAAUCUAUGGGAGGAGCUGUUCAACUAGCAAAAGAUGUGGAGUCAAGAAGUGUUGCCUCUUGGAAAGAUCCUCUGGAUGCUUUGGUAUUGGGUGUUCAGCAAGUAGGUCUAUCUGGUUGGAAGCAAGAAGAGUGUUUAGCCAUUGGAAAUGAACUCCUCGCUUGGCGAGAGAGAGACCUACUUGAAAAAGAAGGGGAAGAGGAUGGAAAAACCAUUUGGGCCAUGAGGCUGAAAGCAAGUCUUGAUCGAGCAAGGAGAUUAACAUCAGAAUAUUCUGAUUUACUUCUUCAAAUAUUCCCUCCUAAUGUUGAGAUACUAGGGAGAGCUCUAGGGAUUCCAGAGAACAGUGUCAAGACCUAUACAGAAGCAGAGAUUCGUGCUGGUAUAAUUUUUCAGAUCUCAAAGCUCUGCACUGUUCUUCUAAAAGCUGUAAGAAACUCACUUGGUUCUGAGGGAUGGGACGUCAUUGUACCUGGAUCUACUUCUGGGACAUUAGUUCAGGUUGAGAGCAUUGUGCCUGGAUCAUUACCAUCAACUGGUGGUGGUCCUAUUAUUCUCUUGGUCAACAAAGCUGAUGGCGAUGAAGAGGUAAGUGCUGCUAAUGGAAACAUAGCUGGAGUCAUGCUUCUCCAGGAGUUACCUCACUUGUCUCACCUUGGCGUUAGAGCUCGGCAGGAGAAGAUUGUCUUUGUGACAUGUGAUGAUGAUGACAAGGUGGCUGAUAUACGGCAACUUGUGGGAAAAUAUGUGAGGUUGGAAGCAUCUCCAAGCCAUGUAAAUCUGAUACUUUCAACUGAAGAGAGGAGCCGUACUCCUAAAUCCAAACCCAAAUCCAAAUCCAAUGCUAGCAAAAAGACUGAUAAUAAAAGUGUAUCUAAGGAUGAUGAAGAGUCAAAACCUGUCUCCUCAUCUUCUGACAGCCUCCUUUACUCAUCCAAGGACAUCCCUAGUGGAGGAAUCAUAGAACUUGCGGAUUCAGAUGCAUCAACAUCUGGUUCGAAAGCUGCUGCAUGUGGUCUCCUUGCAUCUUUAGCAGCAGCCUCUACUAGAGUGGACAGCGAGAACGGAGUUCCAGCAUCAUUCAAGGUUCCAGCUGGAGUUGUCAUACCUUUUGGAUCAAUGGAGCUAGCUUUGAAGCAAAGUAACUCGGAAGAAAAGUUUGCAUCUCUGUUAGAGAAGUUAGAAACCGCCAGACCAGAAGGCGGUGAGCUAGACAGCAUAUGUGAUCAGAUCCAUGAAGUGAUGAAGUCACUGCAAGUGCCUAAAGAAACAAUCAACACCAUAAGCAAAACGUUUUCCCAAGAAGCUCGUCUCAUUGUUCGUUCAAGCGCCAACGUUGAGGACUUAGCUGGAAUGUCAGCAGCAGGACUCUAUGAAUCAAUUCCCAACGUGAGUCCCUCAGAUCCUUUGGUGUUUUCUGACUCUAUUUGCCAAGUUUGGGCUUCUCUCUACACAAGAAGAGCUGUUCUGAGCCGUAGAGCUGCUGGUGUCUCUCAAAGAGAAGCUUCAAUGGCGGUUCUUGUUCAAGAGAUGCUGUCUCCUGACUUAUCUUUCGUUCUUCACACUGUGAGUCCAGCUGAUCCAGACAGCAACCUAGUGGAAGCUGAGAUAGCUCCUGGUUUAGGUGAGACUUUAGCUUCAGGGACGAGAGGAACACCGUGGAGACUUGCUUCGGGUAAGCUUGAUGGGAUUGUGGAAACCUUAGCGUUUGCAAACUUCAGUGAAGAGCUUCUUGUGUCAGGAAAAGGUCCUGCUGAUGGCAAAUACGUUCGGUUAACCGUUGACUAUAGCAAGAAACGGUUAACGGUUGACUCAGUGUUUAGACAGAAGCUCGGUCAGAGACUUGGUUCGGUUGGUUUCUUCUUGGAAAGGAACUUUGGAUGUGCACAAGACGUUGAAGGUUGUUUGGUUGGUGAAGAUGUUUACAUUGUUCAGUCAAGGCCACAACCUCUGUAGAAUCUUUUCCUUUUUUAUGUUCUAUCAAGCGAAUUAUAAUAAAAAUGUCGGAAACAAUUCUGCAUUAUGUCACUUUCAUAUGUUAAGUAUGCUUAAUUAUGAUACGUACAGUAUAUAAUUGCUAUUCAUAUCUCUUGCUCA